AGUUUUCCAGAGAUUGGCCAGUUCUACACCAAAGAGGAUUGGAAACGUGAGGUGGGAUGCGUUUCUUCCGAGAAUUUUAACGCUGGAGAGAGCAGCUCUAGCUUAGAAACUGUCGUGGGCGUGGGGAUGACGGGAAAGAAAAAGGGUAGAUUUGGUACCUUGAAAAAAUGUUUCCUGAAGAAAGGUGAUUUGUUUAAGAUCAAGAAGAAAAAGACGAAGAAUCUUGAGGCCGAGCCUUCUCUCAAAGUUCAACAAGGUGAACAGAGCGUGAAAGACCCUUCAAAUCCGGAAAAGCCCCUUCAGACGGUACCAGAAAUUCAAGAAAGCCUGAUUCAAAGCUCUAUCUCAACGCUUCCCUGCACAAUAUCGAAAUCGUCAGGGUCCUUUUCUAUCCAUGAGUCUUCAAAGAAGCCAAAACUCACGGUUAAGUCAGAAUCAGAGUCCACCGUCUCUUCUCCCAAGUCGCCGCCGCUAGAGCCGCGCCGGAAGUCGCUCUUGGAAGAGAAACGCGCCAUUUUUCAGCGACGCCACUUCGAUUCCUCUAAGGAUACCUCUGGUGAUACCGUAUUCGCUGUCACAGUAGACGAGGAAUUAUCGAGUAAGACACCCCUAAAUCCCAAGGAAGUACAACAAAGGGAGAAAAGUAAAAGGAAAGCGCGACACAUUAGCGUCCGUAAAUUCGACACCUUCUCGACAUUUGAAGGUACUUUUGACGAAGAUACGGGAGUUGGCUACCUUGCGGGAAUCGAGGAGAAUCACCUCGAAAAUUACGAGAAUCAGAACGAAGAUUACUUUAAUUUUCAGGACAACAUGGCUUAUGUGCUCGCCGAAAACGCAGAUAAAUCCAAAUGCUUCAUUAAGGAAAGUGCGUCGUCGCAAAAUAAUGCACCAACUUCUGAAGUGGGAGUGAAACGAGAGCACUUAUACAAAAUCUUGGUGAUUGGAGAACUUGGUGCUGGGAAGACGUCCAUAAUUAAAAGAUAUGUUCAUCAAUUCUUCUCUCAACACUACAGAGCGACGAUUGGCGUUGACUUUGCACUGAAAGUUUUGAACUGGGAUUCGCACACAAUCAUCAGACUGCAGUUAUGGGAUAUUGCAGGCCAAGAAAGAUUCGGAAAUAUGACAAGGGUAUAUUACAAAGAAGCAGUGGGUGCAUUCAUUGUGUUCGACGUAACGAGAAGCGCUACCUUGGAAGCCGUAGUGAAGUGGAAACAAGAUCUUGAUUCGAAAGUUCAACUUCCGGAUGGUUCUCCAAUACCUUGUGUUCUGUUAGCAAAUAAAUGUGAUCAACAGAAGGAGGGUUUGGUGAAUAUACCUGCCAAGAUGGAUGAAUACUGCAAGGAGAAAAAUUUCUCUGGGUGGUUCGAAACGUCAGCCAAAGAAAAUAUCAACAUCGAAGAGGCUGCUCGAUUCCUUGUCAAUAAAAUACUCCAGAACGAUCAAAUCAUGAAGGGGUCCGGCUCUCAGGACCAGAACGAUGGCGAAAGAUUUGCACUGAAUCAAUCUCCAACAAGUUCAAAGAAGUCUUGUGCCUGCUGACGAAUCUGUCUAGCUAGUCAGCUUCUCUUCUACUGAAUGAUCAUAAGCCGACAUCGAGCCACAAUUAAUUAUACGUUCCAUGUACUUAUGUAUAUACGUAUCUAGGUAUAAGAUAUAACAUACGUAUCUAUAUAUAAUUCUACGCAGUGUCUAUUCGUCCGACGACUCGGUGUGCAUGAGUUGCGUCUCGUGAUCGAGAUGCCCAUUGGUAGACACCAGAGUUCCGUCCAACGGUCACUUAAUUAAUGCUCUUCUGUUCCUUUUCUAAUCAUGUGCAUGCUUCCCCCACACAGAGGUAGUGUUAAAGAUGAGUUACGUCCCGUAGGCAUUUCAAGCCACCCAAUUCUAUGACACUGUAUUCCUCAACUAGCCUAGAAUUCAAUCCUUUCAAUUCAAAGUCCGAAACCAAAAAUGGAUUGUCAACUUAUCAAUUAUUAUUAAUCUUUUUCUCAGAAUUUACCGCUGACAAACUAUUUGAAAUAUUUCAUUCUUUGAGAAUACAAAAUAUUUCAGAAUGGCAUGACAUAAUGAGAUGUUUCGUUUAGUAAACAAUUAAGAAAUUCAUUAAGGGAUUCAGAGACCCGGGAGAGAAUUCAACUGUUUUCGGAACGUCGCACGAUACUCGUAUGCAGCGAUACAACUAUUCACAGCCAGUUUAGUAUAUAUUCGAAUGAACCAACAAUUGAUUAAACAAAAAGUCUAAAUAGUUAUUCGAUCUAUAAAUUUUGGUAUUAUUGAAUAUAUACCCCACCACGGUGGCCAUAUUAUUACAUCUAAUCUAAACAUCUACAUCUAAAGGUGCCUUAAAUUCAUCCGAAUUCCUUUGGACCUGGCUUUUUUGGUGCCAUUAAAAUUUGUAAUAUGUAAUAAUUAUUUUAAUUACAAAAUUGUUUUAACUGCAAAAUAAUCCUUGAAUUAAUCAUAUUUUAAUUACACUUUCAGUUUUCUGAUUAAGUAAAGUUGCGUGUAGUUACUGUUACAUUGUAAGAAUCAUGCUAUCGCAAACCAAGGAAGUUACGGAUUAAGUAAGAGCUACGGACUUUGCGCCGUUCGUCCAAGCAUAAGUUAUGGUUUUGUGAAGGUCAAGACAAAAAAACUUAUUACGUUUUCUGUAUAUUCAUAAUGAAGAGUUCUAAUUUUGACCAUUAGGAAUAAUACAAUAGAAAGUAUUUCGAUACAUCAUUAACGUUAGAGAAAUCGAGUUAAGCAGAUUUAUUAUUAGGAUUGACUAUAUAUGAUCGAAUAUUUAUUUUAACUCACUGUUCUUUGUUCGGCCACUUUCGAUUAAAAUAACAAAUAAUUGUUAAUAAAGGAGUUUUAUUAAGACACAA